AUGCCUUUCAUUUUUUGCUUUAAGGAUAUUCAGAAGAAUAUCAACAGUUUGGCCUCUGCUGCUCUGUGCACCACCUUUCCUCUCAACACUGUUGUUGAGCUCCAGCCCCUGAUGGCACAAAGUAACCUGCCUGUUGGCAAUGACAAACCCCAGGAGGUCGGGGGGGAGAAAACAAGACCCCUUGCCCUGCAGAAGGCCAGGGACAACUUCCUCAAAGGAGUAUCCUACUUCUCUGGAGACAUGGAAGUUUUUGGAAAAUGGAUGGAAAAACAGUUCUUUUUGCUGCAGUUGCUGGACUGGGUUUUGCGAGGAGCUGCUCAGGUGAUGUUUGUCAACAACCCUCUAAGUGGCCUCAUCAUUUUUGGUGGCCUCAUCCUGCAGAACUACUGGUGGGCUCUCAACGGCUUUGUGGGCACACUCUUUGCCACCAUAUCCGCCCUUAUCCUGCAACAGAACAGGGGUGCGAUCGCUGCAGGCCUGUAUGGUUACAACGGCAUCCUGGUGGGUCUGCUGAUGGCUGUGUUCUCCAACGCAGGAAACUGGUACUGGUGGCUCCUUCUACCCAACAUCUUCAUGUCCAUGAUGUGUCCGAUCGUGUCCAGUGCCCUGGCAUCUAUUAACAGUCGUUGGGACCUGCCAGUGUUCACUCUACCCUUCAACAUCCUGGUGUGUCUCCACAUGGUUGCCACCGGACACUACAACCACUACUUCCCUCAAGUCCUCAUUCAGCCUCGCUCAGAGCUGCCCAACAUCACCUGGGCUGAGAUCGAUGUGGCCAAGCUAUUCAUGUCAGUGCCUGUGGGAGUAGGACAGGUAUAUGGCUGUGACAACCCUUGGACUGGAGGAAUCUUCAUCAUCUCACUCUUCAUCUCCUCCCCAAUCACCUGUGCUCAUGCUGUUCUAGGAUCUGCAGUGGGCAUGGUUUCUGGCUUGGCUCUAGCAGCGCCUUUUGGAGACAUUUACUUUGGCCUCUGGGGAUACAACUGUGUGUUAGCCUGCAUUGCCAUUGGUGGAAUGUUUUAUGCUCUUACCUGGCAGGUGCACCUACUGGCCAUCACAUGUGCUUUUUUCUGUGCAUACCUCGGAUCAGCCAUUGCCAAUAGCAUGUCCACAUUUGGACUUCCAGCCUGCACAUGGCCUUUCUGUUUGUCUGCGCUCACUUUCCUCCUCUUAACAACUGAGACCAACAGGAUUUUCAAGCUGCCGCUUGCCAAAGUCACCUACCCCGAGAAAAACCUGGUCUUCUUCUGGAAGAUGAAGAAGCAGGAGAAAAUGGAAAAGGCUGAGAAAGAGAAGAAGGAGAGGGAGCAGCUGCAGAGAGCCAUUGAAGAUGAAGCGAUACUAAAUGAGAAAGAGCAACUGAGACUAGAGCUUGAAAAAAUGGAGGAGGGGAGAGAGGAAUGUAAGGCAUCAGAGGGAGAAUAUGACCAGAUGUAUGUUGAGGACAAUGCACCUGCGGUAGAACACAAUACUACUGAGGAAAAAGAAAUCAAACACAUUGACAGCAGUUCAGAUGAUUAUGUUUAAAACCACAUUUCUGCAGCGAGAGAGAGAAAUAAGCAACUAACAAUCUAAAAAGCCUGUUUGUAAUUGUAAGCCUGUUAUUUGUAGUAUUUAUAUAUUAUACUUUACAUGGAAUACUCAUGCUGGCAGGAUUUCCUGAGUUAAGUUGUUGGUAAACUACAUGAUUUGAAGAAAUAUAACUUUGUUUAUAUA